AUGAAUCCAAUGAUCCCCUCUCCACACGCACUCCAGCCAUCGGCACUAGCCAAGCUCUCUCUCCGCGACAAGCUGCUCCUGGCGCAAGCCGUGCAUGAGAUCGGCACCUCGCCUCCUGACUGGGGUCGCGUUUCCUCCCUUCUCCUCGCGCACCCUCUUGUCCGUCAACAGUCGCGCCUCGAGCAAGCGGCCAAUGCAGGUCUCACGCUGGGCCGCAUCUUUGGCACGCGCGAGUGCGAGCGGGCAUGGAUCGCGCUCAUGCGCCAACGCGGUCUCGUCCUUGGCAAAGACGAAGUCGUUCCUGAACCUGUCACGCCCACCACGCCCAAACCGAAAGAAGCGAGGGGUCUGCAGCCGCGGACGGAUCGGCGGUCGCAGCUGGCCCUCGCUCAGUUGUUGUAUGCGGAGAGGCUGGAGGAGCUCAAGGAACAGAUCAAGGAGAAGGAGGAGCAGUUCAAGAGCUUGGUCAAGGAGAUCGAUGAGAUCAAGUCGGGCAAAGCAGACGCAAGAUUGGAGAUGGAGCUCCGGAUCGAGAUGGAGAACCUGGCCAAUGGACCACCGCUACCGCCAAGUACUCCGGGCAGCACCGCGGCGUCGAUCGCAGGACCGACAACUCCGGCUUCGACGGCGAGCACGACGCCCAAGAGCGCGAAGAAGGGUCGAGCGAGGGGAGAGAGCUCGGCGACACUGCCACAGGGAGAUCUGUCCAAGGGCUCACCGGCAAGCACGGGUACGGGAUCUGCGCCCAAUAGCGCCGGGAAGAAGAGCGAGCUGGUCAAGGGCAGGAAGCCAGGUGAGAGGAGGUCCAGUAUCGACGAGUCGCCGACCAAACUUGUGCCUGGACCAACGACCUUACCGAGCACGCCAUCGAUCAAUCUUCCGAGACCAGCGACGGAGGCAGUCGCGGCAUCUUCGGCCGCCGUCAAUGGCGACAGCAGCACGGCAAACAAGGCAGGUGAUGCGAUGACGACCGAGGAAGCGGAACAAGCCGUCGCAGACGCCGCGACGGAAGCAGCCGUCAAGGUGCUGCAGGACGAAAAGGCGGCGGGCAAGAUCUUGCAGGCGGAAGUGGAGAAGGCGGCAGAACAGGUGAUCGAUCUCGAGACCAACAUGGAGCUGUCAGCUCAAGCCGAGGGCAAUGCGGAUGCUGCUGUAGCGUCGACAUCCACCGCCGAAGCGCAGAGUUCGACUACAGAAGCUGCGACUGCAGCGGCAGCAGCGGAAGCGCAGAAGGAUGCGGCGACGCAGCCUCACGAGGCGCCGGCAGCAGAUGUGGUGGUCAAGGAGAAGGAGCCGGUCCAGACAGCGUCCGUCACAGCCCAGCCCGCUUCAGAGACACCAGUCGCUGCUGCGAAGAGCGCAGAGUCCAUCGCAGGAGCCAACAAGCGCAAACGCGAAGAAUCGACAGAGUCACCGAAGAAGGACGCUCCGGCAGCUGGAGCAGGUACAGCUGCCAAAUCGACCGCAGCAGACUCUGCGUCGCCAGUCAAGAAGUCGCGCACGGCGGAAGCCGAGAAGGUGCCCUCGUCGGAUGUGGAGAUGGACAGCGAGGACGAAGCCGAGGCCGCGGUCGGUGCGGACGAGGCCAAGGCUGUCGCGGGCGAUGCGAGCAAGGCUGCUGCUCCGUCGAAGGACGUCGCGCCGGUCGCAGACCAGAAGGCGGAUGCAGACAAGGAAGCAGUGAUGGACGAAGACGCGGACGAGUCGAGCGACGAAGAAGAGACCGAGGAACAGGUCAAAUCUGUCGAGUCGUCUCGCAAGCGCUCGCCUACGAAGGAGGAUGUCACAGCGGCACCUUCAUCCUCACCUGUUGAGCCGGAAGAAGUGGACGAGUCUGCCUCGGAUGACGAGCAGAAACCUUCCUCCAGACGCAAACCUCUCCGUCCGCGUCUUUCCUCCACGCACUCCACUCGCCCACCCAAGCCCACGCCCCCAGGGGCCUCAUCGGACCGUCAAACCGCCGCGGCCAAACGCAAGACCGCCCAAGUCCUCUCGAUGCUCCUCACCGAAGUAUCCAACCACACGCACGGCAACCUCUUUCACGCACCCAUCAAGGAACAGGACGCUCCCGACUACUAUACGCUCAUCAAGCAUCCGCUGGAUAUUAAGACGAUCAAGGCCCGCAUCAAGGAAGGCUCCAUCGCGAGCGCCAAGCAGCUCCGAAGGAGUUUGGCCUUGAUGUUUGCCAAUAGCCUGAUGUACAAUCGACCGGGAACGGAGGUUCAUAGGAUGGCAAGCGAGAUGUUUGCUGCCAGCGAAGAGAUUUUCAAGCGCUACGAAGGCACGCAACGAUUCUGA